AUGGCGAAUACAUCUAUGGAGGAAACUGUUGCGGAGAGUCAGUAUUGUAAGGAUUUAGACCCAAUUUCAAAACAAAGAUAUACAAAAUUAAUUAGCAAAUAUGUUGGAAGCGACCCGUACGUUAUGAAAAUGAGCGAGUUUUCGACAGAACUUCGAGAUUUACCGGCGGUCGAGGCUGUCGAUAUUACGAACUAUCUGGUCCUACAGACCUCAUACUACACCAGACAGCAGAUGAAAGCCUACAAAAGUCUGGAGGCAUAUAAUUUUUUUGUCAGCGGGUGGGUAAAUCACCUCGGAACUAAACGGCUCCGCGAUAAUCAUCGAUUGGUCUUUGCCAGGGUAAACCACUCUCAGAGAUCAAAUGAAACACCUCUGAAGACCUGGAUUAUUGCGAAGGAAGAUGGAGAAGUCAUUGCAGCUCAUUGCAAUUGCAUGGCAGGACUAUCAGAAUCAUGUUCUCAUGUAGGAGCAGUUCUCUUUUCCAUUGAAGCUGGGGUAAAGAUGCGAGAUACAGCUUCCUGCACAUCAGAGCAGUGCAAGUGGCUGAUCCCAUCACAUGUAAAAAAGAUAUCUGCUGCACCAGUAGCACUGAUUGACUUCUCUUCAGCAAAAUCCAAAAAACAGAAGCUUGACCGUUCCUUUGAAGGCAGGACACCUGAAAACCCAUUUCAGCGGGUUGAAAUGGGUUGA